AUGUCUUCUUCCUCCGACUCUUCUUCCUUUCUCCGUCGCUCGGCGGAGAACCCCGCGGCGACCUCUUCGUCUUCUUCUUCUUCUUCUUCUUCUUCCAGUCCUCGUCGCAUGGAAAUUCCGGCGGGCUUCCCAUCGGCGUCUUUAUCUCAGCCGACCCACUCUUCUUCGGGGGCGGUUACUCCCAUGAUCCCCGCCCCUCUCACGACGGUGGCCGCUUUGCCUGACGGCGCCGGACGGCCGCGAGGCAAGUUUGAUUCCAUCGUCCGGCCGGCAGGGUUCCCGUCGCAAGUUUCAGCGGCGGACCUGGAUGUGGCCCGUUUUCUUCUCGGGCCUUCCGUCGUAGUCCUUGCCCCGGAAUGCCGGCCCAUCUAUGACCCGCCAGAGGGUUGUGUUGGCCCGUACGAUUCCGACUCCACCAGCUCCGACGAGGCUGUAGCUCCGACUCCCGAGAUGGCCGACAGAGCUGAGAAGAUGAGGCGUCGCUUGACUCAACGCGCCUCCGGCGCUGCUGCUGCCUCCUCAUCCCAACCGUCUUCGGCCCCGAGGUCGACUCCGCCACCACCGAGGACCGUGGUGGACUUGACGCCGUCUCCAGUUGCUUCCCCUUCUCGACAACCGCCUCUUCCUCCUCCAUCCGAGAGCCCAAGCUCAAAGCGGCCAGCAGAGCACUCGGACACGCCGGCUCCAAAGAGGAUCCGCCUCGGCAUCGAGCUUGACGAGGAUGCUCGGAUCUGGCAAGGCAACUCGUCGGUUAAAACCUGGGCCGAGCAUGUUCUUCUGCCCAAGGAUCUGGAGACGACCAGCUCCAUGCAGGAUGAGUACAUCUUGGAGGCCUCGCUCCGCCAGUCGUAUCGCAAUCUGACCUUUCAGUUGGAGUUGAGGAAACGGCUGAGGGGCUAUAGGACUACGAUGAAUUCUGUGGCGGGUUGCCUGCGUCAGUCGGAAGAGGCUCGCCUGGAGGAGUUGGCCAAGCACGCCAAGUCGGUGGAGGUGCACAAUUCCGAGCUGCUGAGAGUGACCAAGCAGUGGGAGGAGGAGCGUGACAAAGUCGCCACGAUUGCCGCAACCUCCGUGGAGGAUUACAAGAAGUCCGCGGCGUUUGAAGCGGAUGUGAAGGCGGCGAUUGCGGCCAGGCAGGAGGAAAUCGCCAAGGAAUGGCUGGCAUCGCCGGCGGGAGACGACUAUCUCUUGGAUCUGGGCGAGCGCGACUAUCGCUUGGGUUUCCGCGAGGCGGAAACGGAAAUCCAUUCUUCUUUGCUGGCUCGCGACCCCUCCUUCACACCCGAGAGCUGGGGCCUUAAGCCAGUGAUAGAUCUCCUUCCAGCGACUGAAGGACCUGCGGCGACCGUUGACCCGGCGGCCCUUCCGGCGACGCCCACCGAGUCCACCCCUCAGGCAGAGGACCCUUCUCAUGUUCUCCCAGCUGGACCAACGUCAGGAGCCCCAGUUGAAGGGGUCGAUGUCGACACCCCCUCCCCCGUAGCUUAG